CGAGUGUGGGAGUGAGGAGGGAGACAGUCAUUUUUUCCCCUGCUCGUGAGGGGUCUCCUUCUCUAUAUAAGGCACUGUGAGCCGCACAGGAGCUCCACAGUUCCUCUGUGCUCCAGGAACAGCGCCAACACGCAGCAGUAGCAGCAGCAGAAGACUGGGAAUAAUCCACUGUGAUCCAGAGCAAGAACACGACACAUCCCACACAACAGCAGCACACGAGACAGCAGGUUGUGUCUCCAGCUUUGAGGAGCAGCACGCACACACACACACACACACACACACACACACACACACACUCCACAGUCCGAGCAGACAGCAGACACAGAAUGAGCCUCACUGCCAUGACCUGGCUCCACGUCGUCUCCCUCUUGCUGUUGUGCAUCAGGGACUCGACGUCCCUCUUCCUGCCUGACUCCAAAGAGCUGAGGCAGCUGCUGAGCCGCUACGAGGAGGAAGCAGAAAGCAGCAGCAGCAUCAGCAGCAUCAGCAGCAGCAGCAGCAGCAGCAGCAGCAGCAGCAGCAGGUCACCUGGCAACAGGACCCGACGAGCCAUUCGCUGGUCAGACCGCGACGAGAUCCUGCAGCUGCACAACAAGUUGAGAGGGGGCGUCUACCCCACUGCCUCAAACAUGGAGUACAUGGUGUGGGAUGAUGAGCUGGAGCGCUCAGCCACUCACUGGGGAGAGCAGUGUCAGUGGGACCAUGGACCACAGGACCUGCUCAUGUCUAUUGGACAAAACCUGGGGGUUCACUGGGGCAGAUACCGCUCCCCCGCCUAUCACGUGCAGGCCUGGUAUGACGAGGUGAAAGACUACACUUACCCUUACCCCCACGAGUGCAACCCCUGGUGUCCAGAACGCUGCUCUGGACCCAUGUGCACACAUUACACCCAGCUGGUCUGGGCGACCACUAACCGAGUGGGCUGUGCCGUGCACGUGUGUCCAAGGAUGAGCGUGUGGGGGGAAAUCUGGGAGAACUCCGUUUACCUCGUGUGCAACUACUCUCCAAAGGGAAACUGGAUCGGAGAGGCCCCGUACCAACAUGGGCGCCCUUGUUCUCAGUGCCCUCCCAGCUAUGGAGGAGGAUGUCAGAAUAAUCUGUGUUACAAAGCUGCAGAGUCUCCGCGCUCAGAGACCGAGGACAUGAACGAGGUGGAGAAGCCGCAGGUUCCACUCCCGCCCCGCACCACCACCAAACCGCCUCCUAAACCCAAACCCUCGGCUCCAAAGAAACCAGCGUCCAAGCCGUCCACACCAAAGACUCCGUCUUCAAAGUCUCCAAGCAACAACUACUUAGCUCAAAGCAUAAAGUGUGAGACCAGACUGCGAGACACGUGCAGAGGAGCGACGUGCAGCAGGUAUCACUGUCCAGCCAACUGUCUGAAUAAGAAAGGAAGAGUGUGGGGAAGUCUCUUUUAUGAUGUGCAAUCGAGCAUUUGCCGAGCGGCGAUUCAUUUAGGAGUGACUGACAACAGCGGCGGCCUGGUCGACGUCACGCGAGUGGACAAGUUGCCCUUUUUUGUCAGAGGCACAAAGAACGGCGUCGAGUCGCUCAGUAAAUACAAACCUGGAAAUGCCUUUGUGAUGACCAGAGUGGAGGAAGUGACGGCUGACUGUUACACCACAGUGGCUGAAAUCUGCGCCUUCAAAAAGCCAAACUCACACUGUCCGAGAAUGUUCUGUCCCACCAACUGUAAGUCUCAGCCGUCUUACUGGUCGCCUGUCGUUGGGAACAACAUCUACACAGAUAGCUCCAGCAUCUGUAAAGCAGCCAUCCAUGCGGGGGUCAUCGGCCCAGACGGUGGUUUAGUGGACGUUCUGCCUUUGGACAAGAGAAAGAACUACGUCGGCGUCCUGAAAAAUGGCAUCCAGUCUGAAAGUAAGGGGAACACGGAGGGCGGCUCCUUCCGAGUGUUUGCAGUGAGGGAGUGAGAGAGAGAGUGAGAGAGUGAGACGUCUCACCUCGGUCACCUCUGCUGCUCCUGAAGAGCAGGAAGUGUCCACAGGUUGGAAAUGAAGGCUGUUCAUCUCUGUCUGUUGUUCAGUGGAAACACAACGUCCCAACACAUCAAGCAGCACAUUUUCUCUUAGUUAUCAAACAGUAGUAAAAGUCAUUAACUCCAGAUAUGGAUAUUUCUUAGGCUUAAUGUGUGAAUACAGAAUAUUGUAUAUGUUAGGAUUGAACAGCUGGUGCUGGACGUGUAGAGUAAAGUACUAUGUUUACAUUCAUUCUUAUUACAAAUAUACGUUGGUUUUCGUACACAGGAAUGUAUACUGGUCACACUGUAUUUAAUCAUCGUGUACAGAAUAUAUGAUAUUUUGUUUGUUUUAAAAAUGGAGUACCAUAUAUUAACACUUAAAUGCUACGUUCUGAUUUAUUUUUUAUUUUAUUGCCUUCCUCUUUUUUCCCUCUCUUUAUUUAACCUUUAUUUAAGCAGGUAAAUUCAGAUUUAAAUCUCUUUUCCAAGAGUACAAACAAUAAAUUCAAUUCAUUUAGGAAUUCCAACUAAAAUGGCAAAGAAUGGAUUCUCGUCGUCUAAAGUGAGAUGAAUUCAGAUAUUUUCAGUUCUUUGUCACCUGCACGACGUUUGCUUUCAUGCUCCCGAACAUUUGGACCAUGAGAGUAAAUCUUAGUCUGAAUUGUGAGUUCAGGACACAGAUCAGGACACGUGAAACACACAUACAUGUGUAUGAAAGCAUCAGCUACUGCAGCAGUUACAUGUGCAGAGCAUUCAGCAGGAUUUGAUAUGAUUUAUUAUAUUGUAUUUUAGCAUCGUUAUCAUCCCUCACAGAAAUGAAGGAUAUCAAUUUAAAGGCCAGACACAUUAAACCAUGUGACUCUAGGUUUCCAUGACAAUUUGAAUUGACUUUAUCUCUUUAUUCUACCUCAGUCCUUUUGCUGCGCUACAGUCUUUUCUAUAAGGGAACGGUUUUUAAGGGAAAUGUAAAUAGUCUGAUAUUUAGUUUUCCACUAAGCAGUAAGAUAUUAACUCAAAUGUGUGAAUUUAUUUCAGUUGUCUCGUUGGUUUGUAUUGUUUUUAUACAGGUGCGGGGGUGGGGUCUAUGUAUUUGGCACAAUUUGAAAAUAAAGUAUGUUUUAUAUGUAAAACAGAA